UUCACGGAGAACAAGAUUGCUUUUCUUACAUCUAAAUAUUUUAUCAAAAAGUCAAUACUCAUUUUCGUUUAAAAAACAAAACUGCUACUAAAUAAAAUAUGAUGGCAACAUCUCCGGAUUCACAUGGUCACCAUGGGAGUGAGCCAAUGGCAAUGGGCACGCCCACGAGCCCUGUCAGCCCAGGGUCUGGCCACACCUCCCAGUACCUGCCAAGCUACCUCCUGGGAGACUCCAUGUCACACUCUCCUGUGUCUUCACGGCUGUGGUCUGGUGGGAGUGGAAGCCCCCCACGUUCAUCACAUAGGCCCAGUUCCCUCACCUCCCAGUCAUCCAGCCAUCAUGCUACACCAAGGCUGGACACAAGUAUUCGAGGGAAGGAGAAGGCAGGUGCUCCACCAAUCAGAAGCCUGCUUCAGACAACAAGCCCUGCCCAAUCCGGAUCAGCAAGCCCUUUCAGUACACCCUCACAGUAUUCCAGCAGAAAUGCCGGAUUAUCAACACCAGCCCCUCCCACAACAGGUUUGUCAGCGAACCUGCAUGAGACUAUAUACCACACUCCGGACCAGGGUGGACUGGGCGUUUCCAGAGUCUUUAUGUCCCCUGCACAGAUCGACCCUUUCUAUACACAGGGGGAGUCACUCACCACUGAUGAUUUCCUUGAUGAGACAUGGAUUACAGUGUUUGGAUUUCCACCACCUGCAGCCUCCUAUGUGCUUCAACAGUUCUCCCAGUAUGGAAAUAUACUGAAACAUGUUAUAUCGAGUGAAGGUAACUGGAUGCACAUUCACUACCAGUCCAAGAUCCAGGCCAAGAAGGCCCUCAGUAAGAAUGGCAAGAUCCUAGGAAACAACAUCAUGGUCGGAAUCUCCCACUGCAUAGACAAGAAGGUGAUGGGAAUUGAUCAUAGAGAGAAGGAAAAUGAGAGCCUGAUGUUGACCCCGGGUGUCGUCCCCAACCUUGGGCUGGGCCAGGUCACCUCCCCCUCAACUCCAGGACAACUCAAGAACACGCCCAUACGCCCCCUGACUGCCGCCUAUCUAGCUGCAAAGAGUGAAAAUGAGGUGAUACAGAGCAGCCAAGCGCCAAGAAAAAACACUGGUUUUAUGAGUAAAGCAAUGGAAUACAUGUUUGGAUGGUAGCACAACAGAACGAAAAGGACACUUAUUGGGAUACUUAUACACAGGGCUUCUGUUUUAGACAGAUUGCCACCACAUUAAUUCCCCCAAAAAAGCCAAAACUUUCAAAGUAAAAUCCUUGGAAGUACAAAAACCUUCGUGAUAUUGGAUAAAACUUACAAUGGUGAAUUCAUGGCUUGGAUGCUCAACAUAUUAAAAACCUGCUGCCAAUCUUACUUUAAGAGCCUUCUACAGUGCAAAAGUUGUUUCAAAAACCAAAACAAUUAAUGUUUAAAAAAAAUAAUUUUUAGGUUCAAAACUUAAAAACCUAUAUGAGAUCUAUUGCAACAUGUGUAGCUGUGAUUAAGAGUUGAGUAAUUUUUAUGGAAAAAGAUUUUCCCUCAUUUCCAAUCAGGCAUUUGCAUUUUUCUUGAAAAGCUUUUAUACAAGUAUAUAUGUUUUUGUGUCAAAUUAGUCAAUACUACCCAAUCAACAAUGUCUUGUCACAUUUUGGUGAUUGCUGCUUCUUUAAGAAUGAUAUUUGCAAAGGGUCAGUUUUAAAUUCUUAAUGGAAGCUGUGCUUAAACGCCGUGAUAUUUGUGAUUUAGAUUUAGUUACUAAGGUGUUCAUAUUUGUUUUAAACUUUGCCAUGUAUGGCAAUGUGCAAUAUCAUUAUAUAUAAGCAGUUAUGAGAAAAUAUUUGUAAAUCAGGACAUAGUAAUGAUAUGUUUAUCAAAGAUUGUGAAUAUUGGUACAUACUUGAACUGCAAACAAUAUUCACCAAUUCUAUAAAAAAAAAUUGGUAGUUCUGUUAAUUUUUUCCUUAUAUAUUUUAUUGUAAAACAGCUGUAUUUCAUACAAAUUUUAAAUAUGGCGUAUACAUGUAAAAACAAUUAUGAAUUGCUAUACAUUUAGCAAAUUAGCACAUACACGUACUCAUGUCAUUUCUACAGCAAAACUGUUGUGUGUUUCACAUUCUGUAGAGUGGUAUACAGCAAAAUCAUUGUGUGUUUCACAUACUGUAGAGCUGUCUACAGCAAAACUGUCAUGUGUUUCACAUACUGUAGAGCUGUCUACAGCAAAACCGUUGUGUGUUUCACAUACUGUAGAGCUGUCUUUAGCAAAAUUGUUUUAGAAGUAAGGGUUUUGGUGAUAUUUUUUAAUCAAAUGUUAUGAAAAUUGGCUGAAAUAAUGUUUCUUCAAAAACAACUGGACAAAAUGAUUUUAAACUUUCCAAAUGUCUUAGGAUGCUCGACACUAAGUUAUGCAUUUAUUUUUAUUUAAGUUAUGUUUUUGUUUUAUAUUUUUCUUAAAUUAUUACUUAUUGAAUUGGAAAAUCAUUUUUCUAUCAACCUUCUUUCAGUAUUAAUUGUGAGGUCCAAAAAUACUUACUUCAAAUUUCAUUGUUAAUUGUUAAAUAACAUAGAAAAAUAUUGUAAAAAAAAACUGAGUUCUAUAGUUCUACUGUAUGUGAAAUGCACAGACCGAAUGUUUUAGAGAGCGAACUGCAUAAUAAUGUAUUCUAAAAAUGUCAGGCCUGUUGAGCAUUUCUACAUGUAUUCAAAUUAUUAAGACUGAGGUGGAUUGCUCUCUAAAGAAUCUGCUACUCAGAUUUAUACCUUACACAUGGAUGUAGUAUAAAAAAAUUAUGAGUCAGAAUUUGCAAUUGCAUUUUAAGUUUGAAAGCAUCAUUUUGUAAAUAAAUUAUAAAGCAGUUUCAUUAUAUUAAACAUCACUUUCAAACAUUCAUAAUAAGUGUAUACUUGUUUGUACAUUUCUUCUGAAUCUGUAUACAUGUAUGAUAGUUUUAUGAGGUUAACUGAUGUGUGAAUAUCAGAUAACAUGAACUGAUGGAUAUAACUAUUGUCUUUCAGAUACUUCAUGUACAACAUACAUACAUGUUCAGUAAUCAUGUUGUUAAAUGGAUAAUAUGUGUGCCUUCUAACAUUGAUUCGUCAGUAUCACAUGCAUUUGUACAAAAUAAAGGUGUGAAUAAAAAAACAAUUUUGCAAUUUUAA